UCGAACUUAACGAUGUCCCGAUGUCCCCUGGCCACUAAAAUUUCGGCCGGGACAACUGAAAAAUCACUUUGGGACAUUUUUGGGACACUGGAAAAAUAACGAACAUUCACAAUCAGAAUGUCAGCCGUUCAUACGUUUGCCAGGCGCGCAACCCAUUUUUGGGCCUCACCAAAAGCCGCCGAAUUCGAUAUACACUCAGCUGAGCAGCGUGUGUGGCACCCGUGUACGCAUGUGGCCACUAUUUUGUCGCCCCGCCCAUCGCCUUUGAUCCAUUGCAGCCCGCCGCCUUGGCGCCACUUUCCCACGCCAGUUCCCAGACAUUCUAUCCAUGUAAACAACAUUCAACCAAUCACAGCUUGCAUCCAAUCAAGGCAUCUGCCAUAUAUGGCGAACUGUAACUGUUUAAUGUUCGGAUAUUUCCGGAGAUGCUCGGGAGAUCAGCUGACAAUGCCAAAUAUAGUGAACCGGCAAAGCUCGGGAAUGUACGGUGUCUUUCGGUAAACUUCGCCUAGUUUCCCGCGAAAUGACGAAUGGAAUGCCGAAAACAGCCGAAAUCAGAAAAUUUGAGAGUCAUGGCCGGCAUGGCACAGAGGAAAAUUACCUCUUUUUUCUCCUCGCCGCGAGCGGACCCGGCGUCGAAUGCAGUCAAUGCUGUCGAUCCUCAAAGACGUUCAGGAUCAUCUCAGUCUGACGGCGUGGUUUCAACAACUGAGAGUCAGCCUCCAGAUCGUACGGCCGGUACGAAAGAGGGAUGCGCCGACGGAAGGGGGGAGGGGGGCUUGAUUCAGCCCGAUUGCCAACCAGGGCCUUCAGACGCGGGAAACGCCAAUGACAGUCCUACUGCUUCCAGUCAUGAAGGGGACUCUGACAUGUCUGAUGAGUCUGAAUCAGAAACCCUCACGGACAAGCGGCCUUCGAAGAAGUCUUCGGACACAGUGCCACCUUCUCGGAAAUACGAGGCUAAGAGGAAAGUGCCACCUUCUCGGAAAUACGAGGCUAAGAGGAAACGAUGCUUCUUGGAAAAGUGGAGGACAGAUUAUGACUUUGUUGACUAUGAUUAUCAAGCAGAGAUGACGUAUUGCAAGAAAUGUAGGGCCAUGCCCACAUUGGCAAAGGGCAAUGCCCUAUUCCACGGUGUAACUGGUGAUAAGGUUCGAAGAAGAACACUCAAAAUCCAUGCCAAAUCCUUGACACAUGUCAGGAUUUUGAGUUUACUGUUACAGCCAGAAGGGAAUCUCGUGACCUGAAGGUAGA